UGGAAAAUCUAGCAAAAAUUCAGUCGUAUCAGUCCUGAAUUUCUCUCCUGUGCAGUUCAUUAAAUUUAAUACAAUUAUAUCAAUGGAAACAUGCAAAUAUGUAUUUGUGACAGUGUAGUUUUGCAAAUUGUACGUUUUUGUACGUAUAAAAUUAAAGUUGAAUACGAAGUUAGAAAUAAUUAUGGCGUCGCAACCUAGUGAUAACACUGAGUUUCCACCAGAAAUUAUUCAGAAACCUCUAGCUUUAAUUGGACUCUCUGGACUAGAUACUAUCAAUAACGCAAUUCAUAAAACCAUAUGGGAUGCUUUUUCUAACAACCGACGGCCUGAUCGAGCCUCGGUAAGAUUUAAAUUACUCAACAAUACUUUUGAAUAUCCAGUGGUAAAGCCUAAACGAAAUUCUUAUGAGUGGUACAUCCCUAAAGGGAUUUUAAAGAAAAACUGGAUACCCAAAAGGAUAUCUUUAAUACCUGCUGUUAUAGUUAUAUUUUAUGACAUGGAAUGGAAUGACCCACAAUGUAAUGAGAAAAUUAUAGAAUGCGCUUCAAGAGUCCAGUCUAUAAGAGCAGCGGUGGAGGGUCAUGCAACUCGCGUUGCUGUAGUAGUAGUUCAAAGUGGCCUUUCUCCUCCACCUUCAGAAUACAUGCUUGGUGCAGAAAGAGCUCAAGCACUGUGUGCUGCUUGUGAAAUACAAUCUAAAUCAUUGUUUGUUCUUCCACAUAGUGAUCACCUCAUGGGCUACAUCAUAAGACUAGAGAAUGCAUUUUAUGAUAUAGCCCAAAACUAUUAUCAUCAUGAAACUAAAAAUAUAAAGCAACAUAGAGAUCAUUUGAAUAAGACCACACAUCAAUAUCUAUUUGUUCGUCAUCAAUUUAAACUUGGUUUUUUAAAUGAAAUGAAACAGGAUUUUAGUACAGCACACAAACAUUAUAUGCAUGCUUUUAAUAAUUUACUGGAAACACGCCAAGUGGAUACAAAUAUUCAUGAAAUUAGAACAGUGGCAGGAUAUUUAAAUUACAAGUUAUGUAAACUACUUUUUGCCUUAAAUCUACCAAGAGAUGCUAUUGCGCAGCUUAAAAAUCAUAUUGAAAGAUAUAAAAGCAGAAUUGGCCCAACAGAACUUCUGUUUGAACACUAUGCAUGGGUUGCUAGGCAGUAUAGUGCCUUUGGUGAAUUGUUUGAUGAAGCAAUUAGAGCUGGACUUCCAGCUAUACAGUCACAACAUCCAGGUUUUUAUUACCAGUAUGCAGCCCAAUUUACUGUGAAGAGAAGACAAGCCAUGAGAUCAGUUUGUUGUGAGGCACUUCAGUAUCCGGCUCCUCCUGAUCCCAUGGAGGGUAUAGUUGAAUUUUAUGGCCAGCGCCCAUGGCGACCAGGAAGACUUAGUGCUGAUCCUCAUGAUCCACAAAAAGAACAAGGUGCAGUUUUAGCACUCCAAUAUAAUGAAAGAAUUUUUAAUCACUCUGCAAUGAUCAUAAGUUUUUUAGGAUGUGCAAUAUCGCAAUUCAAAACAUUCCACUCUCCUCGGAUGAGGAAGCAAUUAGUUGUUGAAAUGGCAAAUGAAUAUUAUUAUUGUUCUGACUAUGGCAAAGCCCUCACCUUGUUAACACAUAUGCUCUGGGAUUACAGAAGAGAGAAAUGGUGGUUUCUUGCAUCCCAUGUUCUCAAUCGAGCCUUACAAUGUGCUUACCUAUCUGCAAAGGUACAGGAUUAUAUUCAGCUUUCUGUUGAGGCAUUAUCAAAAAACAUACAGGUACCAAACAAUGAUAAAAAUAGAAUAUUUCGAAAUAUCAUGUCGGUUUUAAACUGUACCAUUCCUACACCUGAACCAGAUAUCCCAAAUACAUCACAGAAUAAAGCUGUAGAAUUGUGGCAUAAUGUUAUAGAGAAAGAUCCUUUGCUCAUAGCUAUUGAUAUGGUUAAUAUUUCGAGUUUUUUAGAGGUAAAAACUAAAUUUUUGCAAUCAAAGUACAGAAUGGAUGAAGGUAUUGUUGUGGAAAUUUAUGUAAGGCAUACUCAUAAUGCUUCUCUUGAAAUAAAACAGGCUUACCUUACAAUAUCUAGUAAUACAGAAACAAUAGAAAUUCAGAUAACUAAAGAAGGCAUCCCAUGUUUUACCAUACAAAAAGAUAAAGUACAUAGAUUUUUGUGCCACUUCAAAUCAAAUCCCCAAGACAUAGGCUCACAAUUACAUAUACGAAAUGUGUCUUUUAUCCUUGAAGCAAAUCAAACUAGAAAAAUUAUAUUUAAUUUUAAAAUAGAGGAUAAUAAAUCUACUAACUUGUUUGUACAUCCUGAAUUACUGCAUUUUAUUAUGAAACCAAAAACUGAUUUUGAAUUUGAUUGCAUUGUACCUUCAACAUCAGCUGCAAUUAUGUCAAGAGAAUGCCAGCUAUCUAUGAGUAUAUCUAAUAAUGUUCCUGCACUUCAAGGAGAGUGGUUUCCAACCAUUUUUACUAUCACAAAUGAUGAGGAAUGUCCUGUUUUUGAAAUCACAAUUUCGCUGUCACUUGUCAGCUCUCAUGAUAACCCCAACCCUGAAUCAGUGACUGAAUUAAGUCUUAAAGCAAGUGAGUCCCAAACUCAACCUUUAACAAUUAAUGUGGCAAAUAUUAAUCAAUCAUCUAGCUACUCAAACAAGUUCUACUUGAAAAGCAAUAAAACUGCCAGUAUUAUGGUACAAAUUAAAGUAUCUUACUUUAUCGCUUUCAAUGAAACUCCAAGAUUGCAAUGUAUGAAAGAGUUUCUUACUAAGAUUACUGUAAUUAAACCCUUUGAAGUUAAUGUCAAUUUUUUAGAUUUAAAUUUCAAACCAAUUACAAAGUGCUUUAUAGAUGAUGCUUUUAUAGUUUUGCCUCAAAUAAAAAUAUUAAGUCCAUGGCCGUUAGUAAUACUUGACACAGAGUUAGAAAACAUUGAUUGCCUUGAGCACUGUGAUGAUGAAUCCCAAUCAUGUAUAAAAAAUCUGGAGGUAAAUGAUGAAGAUGUUGCUUCUGAUGCUGUUUGUUUAAGAGCAAAAAAUAUGCCUAAAGAUCUACCAACUAGACUUGGACUUUACAAUAUUAAAUGGAAAAGAAAAGAAGAAACUGAUGGCCUAUUUGUUAUGAGCACUACUGCUUUACCAGCGUUGCCCAUAGACAACUGUCCCAUAUCCAUAGAGGUAAAUUAUCCAGAGGUAGUGGAGUUGCAGACAAGUGUGCCUUUAAAAUGUGUUCUCAAAGGAAACACCAACAUCCCUGUGAGGCUUAACAUAACUGUAGAAGGAACUGAUUCCUACAUGUUUUCAGGAUAUAAAAAGUUUUCUGUUACAGUUCCUCCAAAGGAGAUAGUGGAAUUGUGCUACAACAUUCAUCCCAUGGUUGCUGGAAACACUAUACCUCCACGGUUAAAAGCAACAUUGUUGGGAAAUUCUUCAAGGCAAGAUGCAAUAAAAGAAAUGUUUGAGAAGAACUUUCCACACAAUAUCUUUGUUAUGCCUAAGUACAAUAAAUAAAAAUACUUGUGUUAGUGUUGUGUAGAAAUAAAUUUUAUCUAGUUUGUAUAUAGUAUGAACAAAUUAUGUCAUUAUAUUAUAGUUACCUUAUAACAACUACAAUUAUUAAUAAAUU